AUUGUAUUGUUUUUAGGCUGGAUUAAGACCAAUCUGUGAAUUCAUGACAUUCAACUUUUCAUUGCAAGCUAUUGAUCAUGUUAUUAAUUCUGCUGCAAAAACUUUUUAUAUGUCUGCUGGCAUGGUAAAUGUACCAAUUGUGUUCAGAGGACCUAAUGGAGCAGCAUCUGGUGUGGCUGCUCAACAUUCUCAAUGUUUUGGAGCUUGGUACAGUCAAUGUCCAGGUUUAAAAGUUAUUUCACCGUACAAUUCUGAGGAUGCUAGAGGAUUGUUAAAAGCAGCAAUAAGAGAUCCAGAUCCAGUUGUGUUCUUAGAGAAUGAAUUAUUAUAUGGUAACCAAUAUCCUAUAACAGAUGAAGUAUUGGAAAAAGAUUUUGUGUUACCUAUUGGAAAAGCAAAAAUUGAAAGAAAAGGUGACCAUAUUACAUUCGUAGCACACUCCAAAGGAGUUGAGUUAGCUUUGGAUGCAGCAAAAGAGUUAUCUUCGGUUGGAAUUGAAGCAGAAGUUAUAAAUUUACGUUCAUUAAGACCACUUGAUAUUAAUACAAUUAUACAGUCAGUGGUUCGGACAAAUCAUAUUAUAUCUAUAGAACAAGGAUGGCCAUAUGCUGGUAUUGGAUCAGAAAUAUCAGCUCAAAUAAUGGAGAGCGAGGCUUUCUAUCACUUAGACGCACCAGUUAUUAGAGUAACAGGUGCAGAUGUUCCAAUGCCAUACACCAAAUCAUUAGAAAUUGCUGCAUUGCCACAAACAAAUAAUAUUGUGGAUGCUGCUAAAAAGUUAUUAGGUGUUUAAACCUUACUCAAAUCUAUUAUAUUCAUAUAACAAACAAAAUCUGAUUUAAUAUUUAGGUGCAAUUUGGCCUACUCAAUUUAAUUAAAAA